AUGGUGUGUAUGGCUAAACACUUCCAAGUGUUCUUCCCAAUUUCCCAAUUCACUUUUCUGUCCAUUUAUCUGCCCUAAAAUCUCCUCUUCCUCCAUCCACUUUCUUGCCUUCAAAUAUGUGCUUUUUUGCUUCCAUGGAAUGGUGCCAAUUUCUCGGCGAUUGAAUUGAUUUCUGCACCCAAACACAGAAUUCAUCGAGAAGAUGGAUUCACAAACGACAAGCAACGAACAAGCAGAAUACAUCCAUAACAAGAUGAACAGAACCACAAAGAAGGCCCUGCUUGCUUUAAACUGCAUAAUGCUAGCCAUAGGAAACUGCGGUGGCCCGUUGGUUCAACGCCUCUACUUCAUAAAAGGCGGUAAGGAAAUUUGGAUAUCAAGCUGGCUACUAACCGCCGGUUGGCCGUUUCUAAUCCUCCCACUAAUCCUGUCGUUUUUGUACCAAAAAAGAACCGGAAGAAACGACACUAAGCUUUUUUCUUUGAAGCCAAAUCUCCUAUUCCCUUGUGCUGUUCUUGGAGUCUUAACAGGUUUGGACGAUUAUUUAGCUGCUUAUGGCGUUUCCCGCCUUCCCGUUUCCACGUCUGCUCUUAUUAUCGCCACCCAAUUGGCAUUUACUGCUGGAUUCGCGUUUCUUUUGGUUAAACAGAAGUUUUCUGCUUUCACGAUUAAUUCGAUAUUUUUGUUGUCUAUUGGUGCUGUGAUUCUUGGUCUUCAUUCCAGCACUGAUCGGCCUGCUCACGAAUCAAGGAUGAAGUAUUACGAGGGGUUCUUUAUGACACUUGGAGCGUCGGCUUUGUAUGGGUUUAUCCUGCCGUCGAUUGAGUUGACUUUCAAGAAAGCUAAGCAACCGAUUACUUAUUCUUUGGUGAUGGAGAUGCAGAUCGUUAUAUCGUUCUUUGCAACUGCCUUCUGCACCAUCGGAAUGCUGGUCAACCGUGACUUCAAGGCAAUUCCUCGAGAGGCGAGGACAUUUAAGCUCGGGGAAGAUACAUAUUACGUGGUUCUGAUGGUGAACGCGCUUUUUUGGCAAUUCUUUUUCUUGGGAGCAAUCGGAGUCAUUUUCUGUGCCUCCUCGUUGUUGUCUGGAAUAAUAAUCGCUACAUUGCUGCCUGUAACAGAGUCUUUAGCUGUUUUGUUCUUCCAUGAAAGAUUUCCCGUGGAAAAAGGAAUUUCGCUUACGUUAUCUCUUUGGGGUUUCCUUUCCUACUUCUAUGGCGAGUUUCGACGUAUGAAAAAGACCUACAGCAACGGCGACCUUGAGGUAGCUUGACACUAGCCAAUCGUAUGUAGCUUGUAUGUAUAUAUCCAAAUGAAUAGCUGUGUAAAAUAACAAUAAACAGUUGGUUUUCUAGACCAGUUUAUG